AAACAUGGCUGUACGAUGGGUGCCGCUUGGUGGCAAGCCUGCGGCGUCGCCGCGGCCGUCGGGUGCGACGCGGGCGCCGCGGGCGUGCCAGAGGGCCUCAUGCAGUUCGCGCCAGCGCAGCCCUACGCCGCGGGCCACUUCAUGGGCCCCGUGCCGGUGGCGGCCGUGGUCCCCUCGUCGCUGGAGGGCGGCCCGGCGGCGGCGUGGGACCAAGGUCCCGUGCAGCCCGCGGCGCCCCUGAUCCUCAGCACGUCGCCGGCGGGCCGCGGGCGGGAGCCGCCCAAGGCGAGCCCAGCGCAGCAGCACCCGCAGAGGCAGCAGCGCCCGCAGCAGCACCACGGGCGCGGCAGGGCCCGCAGCCCCAGGGACGCG